UUUUGCGCUUAGCAGAAAAAUGUUUCGCUUUGUUUUCAUUAUGUCGCUGUAUUAUACUUUGAGUUUUCAAAUAAGAUUUUCCUUCAGUCAAAAUAAGAAUUCGAAUAAGAUUUGCGAUGACAAUUGUGAUGUGCAAAUAGAUGUCGUUGCAAAAUUCAUAAAAAUUCACAACUUCCCAUCGAACAUCGAUAAGCUGUUAGCCCCGAAUCGAGCAUCCAMAUGGUCUAGUUGUAUGGAGGCAGCAGCAAAGAGCUGGAGGAGUGGUAUUUACAAAAUUCAGUUAGAAAAGAUAAAUAUCACCGACUUGGAGGUAUUUUGCGAAGAGGACGUUGAUUUCGGGGGAUGGAUAGUCAUUCAACGGCGCCRAAGUGACUCGGUAGAUUUUUAUAGAACUUGGGAUGACUAUAAAGAGGGAUUUGGUGACUUAAGGAGAAACUAUUGGAUAGGUUUGGAGAAACUCACUAAUAGUUGUGAGCAGGAGUUGUAUAUUCAAAUGAAAACACGUCAAGGGGUUAAGUACUACGCAAAAUAUUCAGAGUUUCUUAUUGGUGACGAGUCAGAGAGCUACACUUUAAAGAAAUUGGGUAUUUAUAACGGGAACGCUGGUGAUUCCCUACAGUAUCAUUCGGGAAGGAAGUUUUCAAYUUAUGAUCGUGAYAAUGAUGAUUUUGCUGAUAAUUGUGCAAAGAAAUUUAAAGGUGGCUGGUGGUUUGGCAAAUGCUACGCAUGUMAUUUAAACGGAGUCUACGGAGAUGAUAASGCGGGUGUAAGCUGGCUUAUGAUAAAGAGAGAUGAGUCUCUACCYUUUGUGCAAAUGAUGAUACGUCCAACUCAAAAUUGUUGGAGRCGWUUAAUGUUGAGCAAUUUACAUCGAGCAAUUAAUUAA